AUUUUUCCAUAUAGUUACUCACUCAAGGUGGGUCCCAUGCAGAAAAUCUACUUCCCCUAAGUUGCGACAGUUUCCCGAUUCGUCCUCCUUCAGCUCAACCAGAUUCUCUCAGCUGCACUCCUCCAUCAUGCGGUGGCAGGCGCCGCCGGCGAGAAACGCCGGCUUAGGCGUCGCCGCCAUGUCCUACGUGGCCGUUGACUACCUCCGCCACCUCUCACCAACAUGGCACUCGCGUCUGCAACCGGCGUUGUGGACCCUCCUCGCCCUCGCCGCCGUGGCUCGAGUCCCUUCCUACCGGCACUGGUCGGCGGAGUUUCGUGCCGCUAUUCCUUUCCUCGCCUCCAUGCUCUUCAUGCUCGCCGCUCUCCUCUUUGAAGCAAUCUCCGUUCGCUCCGUCACCGCCGUCCUCGGCCUCGACUGGCACCGGAAUACGCCACCUCUUCCAGACACUGGUCAAUGGUUUCUCCUGGCAUUAAAUGAGAAACUUCCUAGUGUAAUUGUUGAGAUAUUAAGAGCACGCAUUAUUGGAUUGCACCAUUUCUUGAUGUUGUUUAUGAUGUUGGCGUUCUCUGUGCUAUUUGACUCUGUAAGAGCUCCUGGACUUGGACUAGGUGCUAGAUAUAUGUUUACCAUGGCAAUUGGCCGCCUUCUCCGUGCCAUAAGUUUUCCAUCUACCAUUCUGCCAUCAGCCCGUCCUUGGUGUGCAAGUUCUCGGUUUAGAGUUCCGUCAUAUCCUCAUCGUUGGGCUCAAAAAUAUUAUGUUCCCUAUGCUUCAGAUCAUAAUGCUAUCAACCAGCUGAUAAAGCUAGAUAAAGCUUAUGUUGACAUUGGAAGUCCUGCUGCUGACUACCAGCCAGAAUGGGGUUCGGCGAGCUUUCUGAUCGAUUUUCUUCGGCCGACGGCCUCUGAAGGACCUUCAUGGUUCAGUUUGUUAAAGAAAGCUGGAGGUGGCUGCAAUGACCUCCUAUAUAGUGGCCACAUGCUUGUUGCUGUGCUCACAGCUAUGGCUUGGACAGAAGCUUAUGGAGGUUUCAGUUCAGCUCUUAUAUGGCUUUUCGUAGCGCACAGUGCCCAGAGAGAAGUGCGAGAACGCCAUCAUUACUCUGUAGACUGCAUUGUAGCCAUCUAUGUGGGGAUCCUCUUGUGGAAGAUGACAGGUUUUAUCUGGUCACAAAAAGAUGCAUCCAGAGAUAGGAAUCUGUCUAAACUUGAGAAGAUUCAAAGUAGGCUCGUCCAGGCUGCAAAGGACUCUGACAUUGAGGAAGUGAGGGAGCUUCUCAAAGAGAUUGAAUUAAGCAGUGAAGAGAGCAAGAAACAGACUUCAAUAAAAUAUUCAAAGUUAUUUAGCUCUGCCACCAUUGUCUUUGCACUGACCAUAGUUAUUCUGGCUUUCACAUUGACAAGUGAUGGAUGAUGAUCUUCUUGCCACACAGUUUUCAACUUUCUGUAUGUAUUUCCCACGUAUUUUGUUGCUAUCAGCAGUAGUUUUGGUUAACUACAUGGCGUAAAGAGGCUAAUCGGAGAUGACUCCUUGAGUUAGGAUUUGUAUUGUUUAGUAUGAUGACUGUUGUUUGUUAUUGUCAUCAUCUUGUAUCACUAGACAUGUAUUUGUUGUUAUUUAUUUUUUUGGUAGAGAGACAUUGUUUGAUUGAAUGAUUGUAUAACAGAAAUGAAUUUUUAAGACUUA